ACCAAUCAGCCCGGAUGUCCUUUUGACGCUGGCAGAUUUAUCGAUUGAUGAUAUCCAAUUCGAAAAUGCGCAGGUAAAUACAUAGAAUCUUAUGGAAAUAAUAUGAAAAUGUCCGGAUAAUGCCGAACAUCUACUAUCAUGAACAAUAAUCCCAUUUUGCAGUAGAAUUGCUACGAGGCUGUAAUUCUAGAAGGAAUCUAGAUGAUUCUCGUACGGCAACGCGGCUCUGGUAUAAAAACCGCGCUGCAAGCGACGCUCGCCAUUCAUUCGAUCUCCAAGCUUUGCAACGUAAACUGCAUCAAAAAACUUCGUAGCAUCAAUAAAAAAUGUCUCUUCUGCCAAUUUUCUUCGGCGAUCGCUACAACUCGAUGCGUCCCUCACGUAUUUUGAACCAGCAUUUCGGUGUUCCGCUGCAACUAGAGGACCUCUUCAGCCCGAUGACCAUCCCCGAGGAGUUCAGAACGAUGAUGCUACAUCCUGGAUACUACAGACCGUGGAAAUCCGCUGCGGCCGGAGAUGAUUCCGGAUCCACCGUUAGCUGGGAGAAGGACAAAUACCAGGUGAAUCUCGACGUGCAGCAGUUCAAGCCGGAGGAGAUCACCGUCAAAGUCACCGGGAAGAAUGAGAUCACUGUCGAGGGGAAGCACGAGGAGCAGCAGGAUGAACACGGAUUCAUUUCCAGGCAUUUCGUGAGGAAGUAUGUCGUUCCGCAGGGCUGCAACAUUGAAGGCGUCGUUUCGCAUCUCUCUUCGGAUGGAGUGUUAUCCAUCAGCGCUCCCAGAGAGGAUACACCCACCACCGAUCACAAAGAGAUUCCCAUCACUCAGACCGGAAAACCGGCCAUCAAACCAGACGACCAGAAGAACUGAAUCAUUUCACACGCAUCCACUUUCAUACUUUUGUAUCGCUUUUACUAGAACUUAGUACUAUGUAAUUAGUAAAAGAAUAAUUUCUACACUAAAAUGUAACCAACUUAAUCAUAAUAAAUGAAUAUUACUAUUCAAAA